CGAAAAUCAACGAAAACGUCGACAAAGUAGCAAAUCCGCAUCUACAGAGACAUCUACACACAAAAGCAAAAACUAUUCCAAAUCAUCGUCAAUUUCGUCAUCGCACGACAGAAAAAUGGCGGAAGGCGAACAUUCCAAAACACAGUCGUCGAUCAACGCGACCGGCAACAACAACAACAACACAACGCCUGGCUUGGUGCGAAUGACAGACGAUGCUCAGCAGCAACGUCAAUCACCGCCGAAAGCAAUUGUUGAUUCAUCACCACUCCAACCGCAAAUGGAUAAAAAUAAAGAAUCACUGAAAGUCAAGUUAAUGGUUCGUCGCACCAUGAACGAGCUAAUACAACAAAAUAUCAUACCACCAUCAAAGCCUUCUCCGAUGCUGCAUCAGCAAUGUAAGCAACUGGAACGCGCCAAAACGGGCGACGCCUUGAAACAAAAGAUUCUGCAACGUCCUCAGAGGGAAGAACUUGAACGGCGUCACAUCCUGGAUCAACAACAGAGCUACAUUGAUCCGUCAAUCGCGGAAAAAAGACGUCAAUUAUCGAAAGCGAUGAUCGCGGAUCAUUUAAAUUCGAAAAUUUCGCAUCGCCCGGGUCCUUUGGAGUUGAUUGAGAAGAAUAUUUUGCACACGGAAGAGCCUAUCGAGCAACUUGUGAAGGAGGGAUUUGUCACGUACAAAGCGGCAAAUGAGGGAACUCAAAAGGGACCUCAACAUCCGAGCAGUUAUGUGGUCGAUGAUGACUCCCAAAGCUCGGAAGGAGAUCCGCUGAGUGUUUGUAGUCAAGGUGAUGUCGUCGAAGUAUCGAAUAAUGCGCAAGUUGUCACCGUCGCACUUACAAUACCAACCAGCGGAGGUGCUGUCGUCGUCACUUCCGCCCCUUUACAAGCCCCCGCUGCUUCAAAUACCGUCAAAAUGCCUUCUCUCGUGCCAACAAACCCGCAAUUUGUGUCGCCCAGUCCCGUGAUGAGUGCCGAUCAGCCCAUGAACGCGAUCUGCGUCAAGCAAGAACCCACAACACAGAACCUUUAUGCUCAAUUGUGUCAAAGUACGGUGUCAAAUAGUCCGCAUCCGAGUGCCGCAUUGAGUCCCCAGAGCUUGGGGUCUUCUACAUCGAGCCUGAGUCCCAUUUCGAACGUUGCAUCGCCACCCGGGAUGCUUUCCAAACCCAUUCCAACGGCUUUCCUGUCGAGUCAGCAGCAAAAAAGUGACGCGCCCGGCAAAGACAAGAACAAGAAAAAGUCAAAAACGAAGGCAGCAGCUGCCAAAUCGCGCAUUAUCAAGUUUCACGAGUACAAGGGACCUCCGAGUGCGCAAAAAACCAACAGUCCUUUGAGUAAUUCGAUCACCGGCGAGAAUGGCGAGACGAAUUAUCAACUUGCCAUGAAGCAGCAGUAUUUGUUGCAGUAUCUCGAACAAAUUUACAAGCGACCUCACAUCUUGCCUGCCACGCAAAAACCGCAACAAAGUGUUCCCGUGCCUCCGUUACAGCUCCAGAGCUCGUCGCAGAUCGUGAUGAACACGCCGCAAGGUCAAACGUCGGAAAUGAUGACGACCCAGCCGCCAACUGCGAGUUCCCAACAACCGCAAAUGACAAUUGUGACGCAAAUUCCGCAAGCCACGCCCUCGAUUGCGUCGUCAAGUGCUUCAAUUCCGCCAAGUCCCGCUUCCACGUACAGCGAUUCGACCGUCAGUGACAUGGGAAAGAUGAAAGUGUCGGAUUUGAAGCAACAAUUGAAAAAACUUAACCUCAAAGUGUCAGGAUCCAAACAAGCCCUCAUCGAACGCCUGAAACAACACAUGCCAUUAGACAUCGAACCGAGCACCGAAGAGUCCAUUUCCGGCGAAACGUGCGAUUUUGAUGCCGUAAGUAAUGCCACGCCUCCGCAUCAGUCGCCCUCAUCCGUGGAAGAGUCAGAUUUUGACACCAUGGAUACGACGACAACGCAACAAGAUCACAUCAAACACGAACCGCUGACGCCGCAACCGAUGCAAAUCUCUGUCGGCGAGUCCGACGACAUUGUUCGCGAGCAACAACGACAAAUCGAGGAGCUCCAAAGAAACCUGAGGGAGGCACAGCAACAACUCGAACAAAUGAAACAGAUGAAAAUGGAUGAAUCCGAACCCGUGAGUGUUCGUCUGAAGCACACGCUCGAAGCAAAAAGGCAAAAAGAGAAACUCGCUCAACUCGAAAAGCAACAAAUGUUGGCGAUUCAGAAGCAGAAACAGCAGCAAAUUCAAGCGGCGCAGCAGCAGCAGCAGAAAAAUGUUUUUGUCGCAACGAAAUCGCCGCAGCAGCAACAAACGCAAGCUUUGAAUCCGCCGCCGCCAGCCUUGAAUGCAUUUAUCACGCCCAUUAAGAAGGAAGCGACAACAAAUGGCAUGGUGACGUUCUAUAACGAAAAUCAGCAAAUUCCGUUGCCAACGCUUUUGGUGUGUGUUCAGGACAAUAAGAAGACGCAUCAGAGGACGACUUCGAUGCCGAGUAUUGUGUUGCCGUUGACGACAAGCAAUUCAGGUCCCCCUCCUUUGGUUGAAGCCUCCCAACCGAUCACACUCCAACAAAACCCGAUAGUCAAACACCACACAAUCCCCCUUCCGCAGUCAUCGCCUCCCGAAUUACGUCCCAUUGAUCCGCUUCCGCCUCCGCAUUACGACGAAGCAACCAAACGUCUCGAGGACAACAAGAAAUUAGCGCAAACUUUGGCAGCGCAAAACGUUCCUCCGCUCGCCAAAUGCACGCCAAACAUCACGCAAGUCCAAGCCUUGAGCAAAAUCCGCAAAAACGGCAGCGGCGACUCAAUGACACAAGCUUUCAAAGAUGUCUACGAGAUUUUGAGCAAAAAUGGCGAGUUACCUGACAAUGCAGAGACUCCCGAAAGCCCUUCGACACCAACGCCGCAACAGCAAGUAAUGAUGAUCAAUCCCAAUUUGAUGUUCGACCGACGAGUUCGAAGUGUCGUGAAUGAAUUAACGAGCUCUGGAGUCAGCAACGACGCUCCUUCCUCGGAAAUUCCUUCGUCUUUGUUGCUCGAUGGGGGUUCCGAUCUCCUAAAUUUGCCCGUUUUGUCGCCAAUGCAGCAGGACUGCAUGCAAAGUGACCCCGAAGAGACGCUGGACAAGCUUUUGGCGCAAGCGCAGCAAACAAACGAUUGUCACACGCCCCAUAAUUCGCCUUUCCAUCAAGCAGCGACAAGCGGAACACCCACUCAUCCAUCCUCCGGGUCGUCUCAGCUCCUCACAGACUUCAAUGAUCUCGAAUUGCUGGAAUUCCCGAUGGAUAUUGAGGAUGAUGCGGCAUUCCAUCACGCGAAUUUCACUCAAACCCAACCGCAAUCCGACUCAAAUUCACAAAUUUCGUCAAAUUCUCGCGUUCAUCGCGAAAUGAAUCCAAGUCUGACGCCAUCCCUGAACGAAUUGAUCCAAAUUCAGCAGCAACAGCAACAACAACAGUCCGAAAUGAACGGAUUCGGGAACAAUUUUACGGAUUCCAUGAACAAUAAUCACAGCGAGAACAGUCAUUGUAGCAGCAACAGUCACUUUAACAACGAAACGCCGAUGGAUUUUGAGAAUUUAUUGUCAAAUUUUGAGAUUCCCACGAAUUUCGACACACUUCCGGGACUUCAAACGACCAAUUCAGCACCAAAUACGCCUCAAAGACCGCCGUCGCGUGAUUUAAAUGGCUUCGAAACGUCUCCCUCGAGCUUCGGAUCGCACUUUUACAACCAUCAUGUGCACUCGCCACUUCACUCGAAUGCUUCCAAUCACUUUGCGAAUCACCAUCACAUGAACCAUCAUCACGAAAACAUCCUCGAAUUCUUCAAUGAUGACUUCCGCAUGGGUGUCGGCGAUUCCAUGUCGUGCGAAGUCGAUAAUUUGUUGUGCAACAUUUGAACCCGAUUGGAAAUUUGUAAAUAGGUAAGAUUUUUUGUACAUAUUUAGACUUAAAUGAUUGUGAUUUCUCUCUAUUUUUAAAUAUUUAAAGAAAAAAAAAUUAACGUUGAAGGCAUUAUUUUAUUUUUUAAGGCAGGCACGACUUACUUACUUACAGUAGAAGCAUUAAUCAGCACUCUAAUUAAAAAAAAAUAAAAAUACGAAAAAAGUGCCUUUGUAUCCUGGAUGAAAACUAAAGGAUACGACUUUCUUAAUUUUUAUUCCAAUUUCCGUAGUUGGUCUUUCUUUUACUUAUUUUUUCAGUA